ACUGCGUUCUUUCUUCCUGGUGCGGUUAGCAGACCAGAGACUCGGGCACGAGACAAAAACAAACUGGGUUCGUGUGUUUAUCCGAGUGAGCUUUAGAGGUGUAGGAAAGAAGCUAAUGAGGAAAAACUUCUACAGCCGGCUUUUAAACUGUAGAAUUAAUUACAUUCUUAUUAGGAAACGUGUGUUAGUUGGUUAGAGUGCUAAUAUUAGCUUAAUAUAUAUAUAUUAGUGUCUUGGGCCGGUGUGUUUUGGUUUACGCUAGUCACUCCACUGGAAACAUGAAACCUCAAAGCCGAAAACACCCUCUGCCUCCUGGACUGACUCUCCUGCUGCUGGCUGUAACGUUAUGCCCGAGUUUGUCCAGCGACGUGCUGUCCACCACUUCUGCUCCGACUCCCCCCUCACCUCCCAGUGUCCCCGAGAGAGGGUCCUACAACGUCACCAACAAUGGCACCGCGUGCUUGUUGGCCCGCAUGGGACUGCAGCUCAACAUUACUUACACCUCUCGCUCGCAGGGCAAGGCUGUUCAGGAUAUCAUUAACCUGCAACCAGAAGUGACCAAUAGCUCUGGAUCCUGUAAGGCUGACACUGCAACACUCAAACUCAUGGAGGAGAACACAACCUUGACUUUCUUCUUCUUUUUGAAUUCUACAACUAACAAGUAUCACCUUAACGGACUGGCACUGUCAAUCAACUUGCCAGACAUGUCUCAGCCCUUGAUUGUCAGUAACACUAGUCUAGACUACCUUCAGGGAACUUUGGGCUACUCUUACAUGUGCCGUCAAGAGCUGAUCUUGACUGUUGGGCAGAAUUUCUCCCUGAACACGUUCCAUCUACAGGUGCAGCCUUUUGGUGUCAAUGGAAAUGAGUUUGGAGCAGCUGAGGAAUGUGGCCUGGAUAAAGAUGACAUGCUGAUUCCUAUCGCUGUGGGUGCUGCUCUUGCAGGCCUUGUGUUAGUUGUGCUCUUGGCCUACCUGAUUGGCAGGAGGAGAAGCCAUGCUGGCUACCAGACGAUUUAAACCUGCUCAUGUAAGCUUGCAAACCAGAAUAUGCAGCCACCGCUAAUCAGUGGAUCCUAGCACAUUAAAGCCACACGUUUUUACCUGCCCUGCCCUGCCCUCUGCUAUUCUCAUGCUGCCAUUAUGCCCAUUACCUGAGGUGAUCCUGUGACUUCUGGACUUUAAGUUGUAUAAUAACUGGAAAAUAGUUUAAGAAUAUUUAAUCUUGCGCAACUCUGGGCAUUCUUUUUGGAACGGGUGAUACGUAGCAUUACUGAAAGGCCUAGGUCUUAGAUAAAGCACAGACUAGCGCUAAAACUGACAAGAAUUUCCCUUCAUGGUGUGUAUAAUGAAAGGCUAAAGUAGAUUGAAACUGGACCCCAGUGAGAGCCUCAGCUCUGUGCAAGCUCAAUAUUACAAGUAGGAGCAUUACUUAGGGAAAAUAGCUGCUAUAGUUUUAUUUUUCAUCACCUAUAAAAGGGAGUACUUAACACUUCCCCUGCCCCUGACAUGAUUCAGACUGUAAGGUAUGAUGGUAAAGAUGCAAUGUUGUGGAACACAGAGCCAUGAAAAAAACAGACACAGAAUUGGUAAAUUUGCAUUGUACUCAGUCUGUUUCCUUUUUUAAAAGUGUUGUAACAGUGAAAUUGCACAGGUAGCCUUGAGUAAUUCAUACAGUAUGCCCAGUGAGAAGCAGCUGAAGAGAGAGCCGCAUUUAUACACAACUGAUAGCAAGGCUGCAUUCGCUGCACUGAGACCUUUCUCAAUACCUCUCAGACCCCAUUAUCCUCCACUCGAAGGUGCUUCAUGCAAGAGUAAACUGGUACUUUUCUUUCCAAACUAUCAUUAUUUAUAAAGCUUACAAGAAUAUAUUUGUAGCAUGGAUGAGUUCGUAUGAAAAACACGGUGGCUUUUUUGAUAUGUAUAGAUGUAUUUGACAUGAUAGUUGACUUAACAAGAAAGUUCAUUUGCAACAAGUUUCUACUGCUCACUACACAUAGCUCACAUGUUACUAGCAAACUGUAAACCAUUUAGUGUUAAACAUCAAGACUGCUUUUGCCAUCCAGCAUGCUUUGGAACGCAAGAAAUCAGUGGCCACUCAACUGGUAAAUGAGGAUUUCUUAUAUAUUAAUAUUGCACUAAGUCCCACUCACAGUAUGAAACCACUGUUGAAUUGAUAUAAUUUUCAUACUGUGAAUGUGACUAUUUGAUAUGAACUACUAUGGUCUUCAUUCUGCUUGUGGGACUAAGCAGCAUUUAAUGCUUGAGAGAGAGUGUGUUGAUAUAAUUAACUCUUACAGUGCACUGAUGUGUUAAUGGUGUUUUUAUUUGCAACUUGGCCUUAGUGUGAAAUGCUUUGGCAUAGUGUAUUUUGAAUGAGGAUGAUGUGUUGCAA